GGCCACACUGGUGUACAGCGCCAAUUGCUGGCGUUUUGUAAACAAACUCCACGUAUCAAUAACAACAGCCCGCGCUGCCGACAACUUUACAGCGAUGUGCAAUUAAACGACCAAAGACGAUGCUUAAACAAUUAAUUCCUUUAGUAUGCCUUUUGGGCUACUCGAUAGUGUCGUUCGCGGUGUUUAACAAAGUGUACGAAACGUCACAGCAAGUAAUCGACGAGGAGUUUCAUCUGCGGCAAGGCGAUCACUACUGCAACGGCCGGUUUCAAGUAUGGGAUCCCAAAAUAACCACCUUUCCCGGACUGUACCUAGCGUCCGCGCUUGUGCUACGCCCUCUCGAUGCCUGCUCGGUGUACAAUCUGCGGCUAACGUCCCUCAUCGCGGCCAUUAUCAACGUGGUGCUUAUUUACAAGCUACGGCAAAGAUUCCUCAACCAGAAGGGAUACACAGCACUGCUGCUAGAAACGGCAUCCCUCUCGCUACUCCCUCCGCUCUAUUUCUUUUCCCACCUGUACUACACGGACGUGAUCUCCGUGACGGCUGUGCUGCUGUUGCUGCUGGCCAGCGAGCGGCGGCACCACAAUUGGGCCGCCCUUUUCGGCUGCUGUGCCGUGCUGAUGCGUCAAACGAACAUCGUGUGGGUGGGGUUUGUGUGUGGCUCGCGGGCGAUUGAUUUGCUCGUUGCCCGGGGAAGUGUAAGCCAAACGUUGCUCUCGCCCAGAAAGCUGUUGCAUACGGUUGCGGAUAUAUUGGAUCGAUUAUGGGUGUACGCAAUCGUAAUGGUCGGGUUUGUAGCGUUCCUAGCGUUCAACGGCUCUAUCGUGAUAGGUGACAAAUCGGCCCAUGAAGCGGCCGUACAUUUGCCACAGUUGUUCUACUUUGUCGUCUUUUUCAUGGCAUUCAGCAGCUCACUGGUGCUUCCCGCCAUUCGAUCCAUCUUGCGCGCGGUAUUGCGCAAAUGGUACUUCACUUUGGUGGUGUGCGCAAUCAUCGGAGCGAUCGUGCACUACAACACGAUAGUACACCCGUACCUGUUGGCCGACAACCGCCACUACACAUUCUAUCUGUGGAAUCGUUUCUUCGGACGCUGGUGGUUCGCCCGGUACCUGCCAGUGCCACUGUACACGGUCGCCGGUUGGCUGGUGUGGAAGGCAAGCAUGCAACACCAGUCGUACGGAUACAAAUUGCUCUGCACCUUGGCUGUGCUCGCAUCGAUAGCGCUGCAGCAGCUGCUGGAGGUGCGAUAUUUUCUGCUACCCUUUCUAGUGAUGCGACUGUUGCGCAAAGGCGGUACUGCGAGAGGUGCGCUAGCGCUGGAACUGGUGCUCAACGUUGCACUGAAUAUUGCUACAUUUGCGCUCUUCUUUCACAAGGAAAUCGUGUGGAAGAAUUACGCCCACCCGCAGCGACUCAUGUGGUAAGUUGGGUACAGUUUGGGUAACAAUGGCAAUUGCAAGCGUUGCAUUUAAAUGAUGAUAAAAAGUCUGAUUAAGAAUUAGGAGUUCUUAAUUUAUCGAAACAAUUGGAAGAAUGAAUUCCAACCUGAGUCAAAUCUAGCAAUAAAUUGCAGCUGUUUUCAGCAAUGCGAACGUA